AUGGGUCUCAGCAACGAAAAUAGAGCUUCUAUGAAAGUGUUGUGGUUCAUUCUAGGAGCUUCGGGCGACGUUUUAAAUGGUUUCAGCGAGAAGGACCUGGCUGUAAUAGAAGAGGAAGUUGUCUCGCCUAUGUUUAGUGAAGCGGUAAUUCCUUCACUUUUCUCACAUAAAGCUGUGCCAACAGAGUGCAAACGAUUUUUGUUUGCUCAGAAGGUGUCAUGCUACUGGAUCAUCUAA